AUUGUAUUCAUUGCAUAGAUUUUCUAUAAAAAAGGCUGCUUUGUUCUGUAGUAUAGCAUUUGUCAAAAACUAGACAAGAGUAUAUACAUAGAGUAUGGCUGAAUUUGCGGUAAAAUGUCCUUUUUGCCUUUUUCUAUUUCUUAGUAUAGUUCCUGGAAUAUGCAUGGAAGGCAAAAAUUUUGAUGUUCACAAGCAAGGAGGAACAGGGCAAAGGGCACAAUUCCAGUGCUCAUCAUUUACUAGUGUCUGGUCUUAUACAAAUAAUAAUGGAGGAAAUAAGUACUCAGCAGGUGUUUUGACUAAUGGAGACAUCAUGAGUAUUCAAACAGUCGUAGCACAGCAUGAAGGGGUUUAUCAGUGCAGCGAUGGAAAUGGUGGUAUUGAUACUUUUAAUCUCAUUGUAAUGGCUGUGCCCAAGUUCAAAGGCUGUUCACCUGUGAAGAAUUGUAACCUUAGAACAACUACUACAGUCUCAGAAGGAGACCAAAUACCACUCAACAUAUCAAUGGACUAUGUCAAUGGAGGACCAAGUGGCAAAAAGCAAGAAAUUGCAUUUGGCCGGCUAAAAAAGGGCUCCACACCACUUCUGAGCUGUUCCAAAACUGGCUGCUACAAAAUUGGUCGGGCAUCUUACACGCGUAGUAGCUCUGACCCAUGGGACAUAAAAAUGAAUGUCAACAAUGCCGUCUCAUCGGACAGUGGUGUGUACUAUGCAGAGAUAGAUAUCAAUGAAGGCUCUAAUGUCUUCUCAACCAUGACCACUACAUUUACAGUCAGUGUGACACCAACUCCCACAAAGCUGCCUGAACCAACUACAACUUCUACUGCAUCCAGUGCAUCGUAUACUUCGUACUACACUGUUCAAGCAACUACGACUCCAUCUACAUGUACAUGUACAUGUAGCUGUCCUGUUAGCUAAAUCUGCAGCAACAAACUAUUAUUGACAUUAUUAUUAUUAUUAUUAUUAUUUAAGAUGUAUGAAUGAACAAGUGAACAUUUACUCUUUAGUUACCCUUUUGCACUAGUUGCAUUGUCAUUAUUAUAUCUAUUUAUAGAUACAAUCAUUGAUACAACAGUCUACACGAUAACGGUACAUUUCACUGGACAAGAUUUUUUAGGACUUCCUUUAUCAGUUAAUGAUAUUCACAACCAUUAUGUCUUAUGAAUAUAAUUAAAGUGCCCAUGAAUAUAAUUAAUCAUUUAAAUUUCAAAUGCACAUGGCUUAAUAAACUGAUAAUUAGGUGAUAUUUGGCUGAACCACCUAUUUUUGGGGGGCAUUUUCUCAAAAGUUACUUGGCCCAUGACUUCAAGUAUUGCACAGUGUAUUAAGCAAGUGUUCUAAAGUUACCAGACCCUUUCUGGAGUAUGUAAGUGGUCUGUGACUGAUUUGUACAAAAAUCAAAGUUGGAAAUUUUUGAAAAGAUGGAGCAACAGGACACAGUAUAUCUCUCUCUUGUCUGGAGUUGAUUGUACAAGACUAUUUUUAUUAUUAAGAGCAAUGUAUAUUCUAUUAUUUUUUGCUGGUAAUAAUAGUGUAUAAGCAUCUUUGGCUGUCCUAGAAAUGUUUAAAGGCAGCAUACUUCA